ACAAAUGUGAAAUUUCUUCAUUCCAGUUUUGUACUCCGUUGUGUGCACAGCAAAAAUAUUUUUACAUCUUUUUGGAUCUCGUUCAAUGUUGGGUUGAGAUUCAAAUAUCAAUAACAAAUUUUGGUUACCGACUCUGACGCUGGUACAACACUUCGGGCCACAAAGUUGGAAACAUCAAUAAGAAAUUCUUUGGCAAAUUUUCACACCUAUUUCCGUAAGCUUUUAACAUGUGCUGGCAUCCGGGCGGCUGUUGCGGCAUACCCGCUGGCAUUCAGUGCACAAACUUUUGUUUUAACUAUUGGACAGGUUGCCCCACGACGCCCUGCUGUCGCACCAGCUGCGUGCCUCCCUGUCCACCGUAUCGUGGUUGCUGCGGUGGUCCGCGUUGCGGCUCUUGUUAGCAACAGGCUUAGAAAGAAAUCAGGUCUGAAGCGCCAUGGAAAAACAACAA